AGGUUAACCACUGACAACUGACUCAACUAACCUACUCUACUUCGCUGUGCUUUGAAACGUAAAGAGAUUAUCAUAAUUUGUUUCUAGCAAUGAAAUUAGUGUAAUUUCUAAUAGAAUUCCUUCUUAUUUACAUUGUAAGCAUUCAGUUUUUAUGUAGAUAUUAGUUAGAAAUGGCAGACGGUGAUGAUAGUGCAGUGUUGGAAGUCGCGUCAGAAUGUAAAUCAGAAUCUAGCAGAAACGAAAGCAGAGGUUCAAUAACUGAAAUUUCAAAUUACAGUACGUCUUUAGAAGGAUCUGUGAUUGCUUCUCCAUCCGUCGAAAGCUUCUCACUUUUGCCGGAGAAUAAUGGAUUUGAUUUUAGUCUUGAUUCUAAAGACCUGCAAGUUCGUGUUGACAAUCCUCAGAAACAUCUAGAUCCUUUUGAAACCUAUAUUUCGUUCCGUAUUACUACAAAGACUACAAGAGAAGAAUUCUCUGAGAAAGAGUAUGUAGUUAGAAGACGUUACAGUGAUUUUAUAUGGCUGAGACAGAAAUUGGUGGAAGACCAUCCUACUCACUUGGUGCCUGCAAUCCCAGCAAAACAUACCUUACUAGGACAGCUGGAUCGUUACUCUAGAGAUUUUGUGAUCUGUCGUAUGACAAUGUUAAAUCGUUAUAUGAACCGAGUGGUCAAUCAUCCUAUACUAAGCUGCAAUGCUAACUUGAAGACGUUCCUUACUGCUAAAUCUACGGAAUUCUCGUCCCACCGCAAAGCAGUCAACACAAGUCUGUUGAACCGUAUGUCGGAUUCCCUCCAAAACCUGACAACAAUUUACGCAUCACGUGGUCAACGCAACCACGAAUUCGAGGCAGUCAACGAUCACGUGACCACUCUGUCUGAUAAGCUGUUGGCUGUGAAACAGUGUGGACAACGCAUCUACAAGGAGAGGAAAGAGUUUCAGAUGGAAUCCACCCUCAUGCAACCGAUACUCAUGCGAUGGGCUUCUUCGGAGGCGCCUACUGAGAUGAAUAAGGUUCUACUAAGUGUAGCCAGUGCCAUAGACGCAUGCACGUCGGCCCAUCGCCGAAAUCUACUGGACACUUUCAAUGCGGACUUCCAACAGCCGCUAACUGAGUACCUGAUGUAUGUCGAUGCCAUCAAGGAGGCCCUGGCCAGGCGGGACUCCAUCCAAGUCGAGUACGAGGCCACCGUCGACAAGAUGGCCAAGAAGCGGGGUGAGAAGGAUAACCUGAUGGGUGGUGCCGAGGGCGGUGCUGGAGGUAGUGGUUUCCUCGGUUUCAACCUGUGGAAAUCGGGCACUGAGGCCCGUGAAGACCGCCUUGAGAAGCUGGGCACAUCCAUUCCGAAACUAGUCAAACAGGCCGAACUCAACCAGGACAAACUGGAGAUCGCCAACGAAAACCUGCGCUCCGACCUGCACCGAUGGAGGUUCGAGAAGAAGGAAGACCUGAAGAAAAUCCUGCUGAAAAUGGCCGACAACCAUGUGAAGUACUACCAGGAGUGUUUGUCUGCAUGGGAGCGACUUGCCGGUAGCAGUACUGCUUCUAGUCACUUGGCGCCUGGUACUGCGUCUAGUCACCACGUGGCGCCCGGUAGUUGUAGUUCUGCUCCUGGCCACCAGGUGAGCUUCAAUAUGGUGGAACCGAGGAAAGUGGACUCUGCUACAGUUAUGGAUAUGCCGUUAGUGGCCAGUACUGAUGAUCUAUCGCCGGUUAGCUAACUUGGGGUUAGCUAACGUUAAUCGUUGGUUAGCUAACUUUAAUUGUUGGUUUAAGCAUAGAAAAAAGAUUGCAUGAGAAGAUAUCUCAUGGUUUGUAGAAUUAAAAUCAAAUUAUGAUGUUGUGUAUCAAUUUGAGAUGAUACUGUAUAAUAUAAUGUUGAUACUGUAUCAUGACUGUGUGGUGAUACCUUAUCAUAUUGUGUUGAUACUGUAACAUAUUGUAUUGGCAAAGAAUGCAUUAGAAGAUAUCCCAUGGUUUGUAGAUUUGAUUCAAAUUUUGGAAGUUUUGUAUCAAAUUGAGAUGAUACUGUAUAAUAUAGUGUAGAUACUGUAUCAUAUCGAGAUGAUACUGUAUAAUAUUGUG